CGUCACUCCAGAGCGACAAGUAACAAUGGGUCAAAGCCAGAGUGGAGGCCACGGUCCAGGGGGAGGCAAGAAGGAUGACAAGGAUAAGAAAAAGAAGUAUGAGCCUCCAAUUCCCACUAGAGUUGGUAAGAAGAAGAAGAAGACCAAGGGACCAGAUGCCGCCAGCAAACUACCAUUGGUCACCCCUCACACUCAAUGCCGCCUUAAGCUGCUGAAGCAGGAGCGAAUCAAAGACUACCUACUGAUGGAGGAGGAGUUUAUCAGGAACCAGGAGCAGAUGAAACCCCUUGAAGAGAAACAGGAGGAGGAGAGGUCAAAGGUAGACGACCUGAGAGGGACUCCCAUGUCUGUGGGCACCCUGGAAGAAAUCAUUGAUGACAACCACGCCAUCGUUUCCACCUCAGUGGGAUCAGAGCACUACGUCAGCAUCUUGUCUUUUGUGGAUAAGGAUCUGCUUGAGCCAGGUUGCUCUGUCCUGCUCAACCACAAGGUUCAUGCUGUGAUUGGGGUGCUGAUGGAUGACACUGAUCCCUUGGUGACAGUGAUGAAGGUGGAGAAGGCCCCACAAGAAACCUACGCUGACAUCGGUGGACUGGACAAUCAGAUCCAGGAAAUCAAGGAGUCGGUGGAGCUGCCUCUUACACAUCCAGAGUAUUAUGAGGAGAUGGGCAUUAAGCCUCCUAAAGGUGUCAUCCUGUAUGGCCCACCUGGCACAGGUAAAACGUUGCUCGCUAAGGCCGUAGCCAAUCAGACAUCAGCCACCUUCCUGCGUGUGGUGGGCUCAGAGCUGAUCCAGAAGUACCUGGGAGACGGACCCAAGCUGGUCCGAGAGCUCUUCAGGGUGGCAGAGGAACACGCACCCUCCAUCGUCUUCAUCGAUGAGAUCGACGCCAUCGGCACUAAAAGGUAUGACUCUAACUCUGGAGGUGAGAGGGAGAUCCAGAGGACUAUGUUGGAGCUGCUCAACCAGCUGGACGGCUUCGACUCACGGGGAGACGUGAAAGUUAUCAUGGCCACCAAUCGGAUAGAAACCCUGGACCCAGCCCUCAUCAGACCCGGGAGAAUCGACCGAAAGAUCGAGUUUCCUUUGCCGGAUGAGAAGACCAAGAGGAGGAUCUUCCAGAUCCACACCAGCCGCAUGACAGUAGCAGAUGAUGUCACCCUUGAUGACCUCAUCCUGGCUAAGGACGACCUAUCAGGAGCAGACAUCAAGGCCAUCUGCACAGAGGCCGGCCUCAUGGCUUUGCGAGAGCGCCGUAUGAAAGUCACCAACGAAGACUUCAAGAAGUCCAAGGAAAACGUCCUGUACAAGAAGCAGGAGGGCACACCAGAGGGGCUUUACCUUUAACCCUCAAACUUUUUAUGUUUCUCUCACCACCAUCCCCCUCACCCCUCCACCUCUAUCUAUCGCUGUGUGAAAGAGAGGAGGCAGCAGUUGAGUUGUCUGUCUCCCCCAGAGAGAGUUUUGAUAUAUUUUGUGCAUGUCAUGUCUGGCUUAUCCCACUCUCCUGUUACCGUUAUAUGUUCAGACAGUAAAUAAAUUGACAAAAAAAAAAAAUCAUCAGUUUUCUCCUUUUGUAUUUACAGGAGCAUUUGGACUAGCAGCUGCCUCUGCAAUCGUGUUUGCACAGACGCAGCAUCUGUUGACGUCUGCUCUUUAUUAGAUUCCUGUAUAUUGACUUCAUCUCUGUGCUGUAAUAUCUUGAGAUAAUUAAUCGCAUGAAUUAUUCAAUUAAUUCAGUCUCUGUUGUCGCCCUCAGUGUCACAAACAUAAUAGCUCCCAUCAAUAUGCAAAGUCAUGUUUGUUGUCUUAUUGUCCUCCUUGCCUACUUCCUGAACAUGACAUACCUCUUAUUUCAAGACCCCAGAGGCAAAGUAAAGACCCGAAGGAACUGGCUGUUUUUUCUCUUAAAAGAAAUUCACUAAUUACCACAAUAUUCCAUAUGACUCCUACACACUUGACAACAACACAGAUGCAGAUAAU